UCCCCCCCCGGCUCGUGCUGUGUCUUGCUUCGUGUGCAUGCGAUCCCUUGUCUCGCGCUGCGGAUCCUCUUGCGCGCGGAGAGGCGGCAGACACCAUGGGGCUCCUCGCGCUGCUUCUGGUGCUCGGGUGCUUUUACAGGUACGAAGGUGCAGAGGACGCCGCGGCAGGCCCUCUCUUGGAGCUUUCUUUGGGAAAAUUUAAGAAUGUCUUGCUGAACGAAACCAUUCCAGCUGAAGCAGUGUUGAGGAAUAUUGACAGCAAUGUGACUGUCAUUAUCUUUCAGAUCCACACCCACCACAAGAAUGUGACUAUCUCCUUUGAUAAGAAACCUUCCAGCAACAACUCUGGGGCUGGAACAGACAAAGGACUGGUUUCUGUCCUUCGGCCUCUGCAGACAGUGUGUACGUGGUACUUGCAAGCUGUGGGUGCUGACCAGGUGUUGAGCACAGCUGUUUCUUUCUCUUAUGCUGAAAGAGAUCCAAUCCCUGGAGGCUGCAACAUGGAAUUUAACUUGGAAAUUGACCCCAAUAUUUAUUUAGAAUAUAACUUGGCUGAGACACACAUUAAAUUUGCCCCAGCAAAUCUAGGAUAUGUGAGAGGUACAAACCCACCAUUGUGUGAUUUGGGCAGUAGCUCUAGGUGGCGACUAUCUUAUGAAGUCUAUCAGUAUUUCUUGCCAGAGAAUGACUUGUCUGAAGCAUCGUUUGUGAGCCACAUGAGAAAGAUGUCUGAAGUGCAAAGCAUCAGAAGGCAUGGCACUAAAAUGAUGACCUUAGUGAACCAAGACAAAACUGACUUGUACUUCUCCUCGCUUCCUGGUCAAGGAGUGAUCUACAAUGUCAUAGUAAAGGAUCCACUCUGGAAUACCUCUGCUGCCUAUGUGCCUGCUCAUACAUACAUGUGUAGCCUUUCUGGCUUGGUGGAUAACUGCUCCUCUCUUAAGAGACUCUCCACCAAAAUAUUUUUCACUGUGCUUGCUGUCCUUGGCUUCUUCAUCUGUUUUCAUGGACACAGAUUCUGGAAAACAGAUUUAUUCUUCAUGGGCUUCAUCUUUACGGCAUUCUUUUUCUUCAUAACCAUUUCGAGAACAUCUGCUCUCAGUUAUGAUGUCAAUCUUGGUCUUACUGCAGUAGCUGGAGUUCUUGGAGGUCUCCUCUUGGUCGCUUACUGGUGGCGAUUUGGCUUUGUGAUCCUCUGUAUGUUGAUUGUGGGGCUUGUGCUGGGCUUCCUUGUCGCAUCUACAGUUUUCUUCACUCCAAUAGGAGACUAUAAAGUUUUCCAAGAUGAUGCAGUAUUCUGGGUGACCUUCUGUUGCAUUGCCUUGAUAGUCCCAAUAGUUUUUGUUGGAUACCCCAGAGUUCUGAACAUCUUGACAUGUGGCAUCAUAGGGUCCUACACCGUAGUCUUGGCUACAGCAUGUUACUUGUACACAAGUCUCUCUUACAUUAGCAUUGACCUGCUCCGGAGGAUUCUAGAUGAAAACUUCAAAAGAGCUUUCACCAAUGUGCCCUUUCAGCGUAACGACAUCAUACUCUUGGCGGUUUGGGCAAUGCUGGCCAUUGGAGGAAUAACGAUACAGCUGCGCAGAGAGAAACGCGAAGCCCCUUUUCCACCACAUCCCUACCUGAUAUGGAGGCGUGAAAGAGAGCGCAGGAUAACUAACAUCCUAGAUCCAAGUCACCACGUCCCUCCCUUGAAAGAAAGAAUUCAUAGCAAGCUAUCUCAGAUCAAGGACUUUUUCCAAAAAGAGCAGCCAGCAGGGGAGAGAACACCACUACUCUUGUAAACUGACAUGCAGCUGGGAAGACUUGGGAAAUGGAGGCAGAGAUUUUUCUGGAGCCAGCAGACACCCAGCGGUGCUGAGAACUUCCUCUGUCACCUUGCCUUGCUAAACAGUUAUAAGAAUGAACUGGAAGAAGAUCAACACUAGUUUACUUAUAGUAGUCCUGCUUGAUGGUUUGCUGUGGCACACAGGCACUUGCAUCUGUUGGUAGUUCGCUGCAAGGAUGGAGUAUACAUAUGUGCAAUGUGUGAAAAUAGGGGGAUGGGUGGGUAAGAUGGGGAGAGAAUGUAAUGGACAGAUGUGCAACUUCAAAAUCUUGAGAGAUGGAAAAUGGACACUUCAGGCACACGCAUGGUUCUCUUCAAGCACAGUACACCCUUUUAACAAGUGCCACAUUUUGAGCAAUCAUUUCUGUUGUACAGACUAUGGCAGGAAGGGGGGAGAAUAAUUGGAGACUGACUGCAUAUGGAAAAACAGCCUCUUGCUGACCGUGGCACUAUUAAUUCUAAACUUGCACAGUUGCUGCUAGCCAAUACCUUUAAGAUGUCAAGCUGUACUAAAAUAUUUUUGAUCAUUUAACAGGUUAGCUUGCAUUCACUUUCUGUGUGUGAGAAAAUCAAGUAAUUUUGAUUCCAACACCCAAGAGGAGAAAAAGCUUUCUGAAAGUUUAGCACUCAAUUUUCUACUAGGCUGUUAAUCGGGUUGUAGUGAGUGGUGGCUGCUAAGGCUGGAAAAAAGGAUAGUCUCUUGACGCACUUUGAAAGGUUGUUUUUAUUAGGAUCUGUGGUGCAAGACACAAUGAGUAGCCUUUACAGCGCUUCAGUUGCUUAAGUUCCUUUUCAUAUUGCAGUGUUUGCCACUACGCUAAUUGUCACUGGAUUUUUUCUCUCUCUCCUUUUUUAAUAUUUGAGAAGAAAAGAAACCCCUAAACCCAGUUUGCAGGCAUUUGGGGGCACUGCUGCUCAGAAAGAUGUAACAGACAUCUAGGGCAGCCAACUUCCAGAGCCUUGAGGGUGGGGAAAGAAGGGCAGAUCUUGGGUAAUUUGCCUAGGAGUCCAGACCAGAUCACCCUCAGCCAUGAUGUCACUUCUAGGCUUAGAGGAGUGGGAGUGGGAUGGUCCCCAAGCCUAUAUUUGGGACACCGAGUUCAGAGAAGAGGAUUCUGCAGGCAGAGGAGAAAACGGAACCAUUUAAACUCCUGCUUAUGGCCAUAUACCCACUUACUCCUAGCUUUGCAGCUCACGCAGAGUUGCCCCUGCCUCUGUGCCUCUUUAGCUUAUCAAUUGGCCCCUCCCAAUAAUAACCCUUUGGCUUGGAGUAAUGCAGUUAUACGUAAAGCAGUUAGUUGAACAUUAUACCAGUACCUUAUUUGACGAACACAUUUCCUGUAAUGAACUGCUCAAACCACUUGUGUGGGUGCAGGGAGCAAAAGUGCUGUGAAGCAUGAUAAACAUCCAGUUUAAACCUGAAGUGUGUGAUUGCAUUAGUCAAUGUGCACCCAGGCUGAAGUCUUAUUCUCAGGGCUUUUUUUAUUGUGGGAGAGGAAACUGGUGGAGGUGUCUGGCUUGGUUAGGGUUUUAAGAUUCCUCCAGUGUUUGAAUUGGGGUUCCUGAUCUUCAGAAGGCAGCCAGCAGAGAGAACUUGAGCAGGUGUGUUUGUCCUCUCAUUGUUGCAGCGUUAAAAGCUGUGACUGUAGAUGUACACAGCUAUCCAAGGUGGAGGAGCCCCAUCACUGCAGGACCUGGCACUAUGUGCAUAAUCUGUAUUUUCAUUUGCAGACAGGUGCUGUAAGAACAGAAGACUGUUUUCUAUUAUCUCCCUUUUCUGUUCAAACACAACUUGUCUGUAUUGUGAGGAUCUGUUGCAUUCCAUGUUGAUGCUCGAGUUGCUUGCUGCUUGUGCCAUUUGUAUAUUCUAGCAAUAAUGGUGUUGCAGGGUGGUAGAAGGUUUGUUGGCACAGACUGCAUGGACUGCACUCACUCCUAGUCCAGGAAAGCUGCUGUGGUAGGACACCUUCUAAACAAGAGCACAUCUUGGAAGGUGCAUAUCUAAACUUACCUAAUUUUAAAUAUGCUUUAUUUGUAUCUCAGGCCCCUAAGGCUGCUAGGUAGAAACCGGAGAUGCAUUGCAACUUUUAUAGUUCUCCAUGUGCAGGAGAUGAGCCGGUCCAUUCCUCCCACAUACGUUCAAACUGUGGAUUAUAUGAACGUCUGCUUGCACUAUGGGACUUCACCUUCUCAAACUCACUGCAGUACCCCUGUAAUCUGUUCUGAGAAUGCAUGGAUUGGGCUGUGUGCAUGGGGGUGGGGGCUGCAGUGAGGGGGAAGAAGGUGAAGUCAAUUUGUGGGGUGCUGGAUUCCACCUUAAGUUAUUUAGCUUUCUGAAGAGCUGUAGGGCAUUCUUGUGUCAAACAGACCUUGAUACUUAACCUAAACCAUUUUUAGAUGCAAGAAGGCUGACAGUUGAAAGCAAUACUUGGUGGUGGGAAGAAGAUGGAAAAGUCCAUAGUUCUUGGCAACUAGACAGAGAUUAUUUUCAUUUUAAUGUUGAAAAGUAGAAGCUGUAGAUGAAAUAUACUGUGUCCCCAUCUGUCAAGGGCAGCUUCAUUUUACUAGCUCUCUGACCUUUUUAUACUGAGAAUAAUUGCUGCCUAUUGGCUGCUUAGGCCACACUUUGUUAUAAAGCAACUAGUUCCAAUUGCUUUGGUUUUUAUAACUGCCAUUAUUUACAAUGCAAAGAAACAAAAAACAAACCCAUUUUCUACUCCUUUUUAUAAUAAAGGUGUACUUGAAAGGUGUGCUA